CCCGUCUUGCUCUGCGGCGCGGGGGCAAGAUGGCUGCUGAGAAGCAGGUCCCUGGCGGCGGCGGCGGUGGCGGUGGCAGUGGCAGCGGCGGUAGCGGCGGUGGACGUGGUGCCGGAGGGGAAGAAAAUAAAGAAAACGAACGCCCUUCGGCCGGAUCGAAGGCAAACAAAGAAUUUGGGGAUAGCCUGAGUUUGGAGAUUCUUCAGAUUAUUAAGGAAUCCCAGCAGCAGCAUGGUUUACGGCAUGGAGAUUUUCAGAGGUACAGGGGCUACUGUUCCCGUAGACAAAGACGUCUUCGAAAAACACUCAACUUCAAGAUGGGGAACAGACACAAAUUCACAGGGAAGAAAGUGACUGAAGAGCUUCUGACUGAUAAUAGAUACUUGCUUCUGGUUCUGAUGGAUGCUGAAAGAGCCUGGAGCUACGCUAUGCAGCUGAAACAGGAAGCCAACACUGAACCCCGAAAACGGUUUCACUUAUUAUCUCGCCUACGCAAAGCCGUGAAGCAUGCAGAGGAAUUGGAACGUUUGUGUGAGAGCAAUCGCGUGGACGCUAAGACCAAGUUAGAGGCUCAGGCUUACACAGCUUACCUCUCAGGAAUGCUGCGUUUUGAACAUCAAGAAUGGAAAGCUGCCAUUGAGGCUUUUAACAAAUGCAAAACUAUCUAUGAGAAGCUAGCCAGUGCUUUCACAGAGGAGCAGGCUGUGCUGUAUAACCAACGUGUGGAAGAGAUUUCACCCAACAUCCGCUAUUGUGCAUAUAAUAUUGGGGACCAGUCAGCCAUCAAUGAACUCAUGCAGAUGAGACUGAGAUCUGGGGGCACUGAGGGUCUCUUGGCUGAAAAAUUGGAGGCUUUGAUCACUCAGACUCGAGCCAAACAGGCAGCUACCAUGAGUGAAGUGGAGUGGAGAGGGAGAACGGUUCCAGUGAAGAUUGACAAAGUGCGCAUUUUCUUAUUGGGACUGGCUGAUAAUGAAGCCGCUAUUGUCCAGGCCGAAAGCGAAGAAACCAAGGAGCGCCUGUUUGAAUCCAUGCUCAGUGAGUGUCGGGACGCCAUCCAGGUGGUUCGGGAGGAACUCAAGCCGGAUCAGAAACAGAGAGAUUAUAUCCUUGAAGGAGAGUCGGGGAAGGUGUCUAAUCUUCAAUACUUGCAUAGCUACCUGACUUAUAUCAAGCUGUCAACGGCAAUCAAGCGUAAUGAGAACAUGGCCAAAGGUCUGCAGAGGGCUCUGCUGCAGCAGCAGCCAGAGGAUGACAGCAAGCGCUCCCCCCGGCCCCAGGACCUGAUCCGGCUCUAUGACAUCAUCUUACAGAAUCUGGUGGAAUUGCUCCAGCUUCCUGGUUUAGAGGAAGACAAAGCCUUCCAGAAAGAGAUAGGCCUCAAGACUCUGGUGUUCAAAGCUUACAGGUGUUUUUUCAUUGCUCAGUCCUAUGUGCUGGUGAAGAAGUGGAGCGAAGCCCUUGUCCUGUAUGAUAGAGUCCUGAAAUAUGCAAACGAAGUAAAUUCUGAUGCUGGCGCCUUCAAGAACAGCCUAAAGGACCUACCUGACGUGCAAGAGCUCAUCACUCAAGUGCGGUCGGAGAAGUGCUCCCUGCAGGCCGCGGCCAUCCUUGAUGGAAACGAUGCUCAUCAAACAGAGACCUCCUCUUCCCAAGUCAAGGACAAUAAGCCUCUGGUUGAACGGUUUGAGACAUUCUGCCUGGACCCUUCCCUUGUCACCAAGCAAGCCAACCUUGUGCACUUCCCACCAGGCUUCCAGCCCAUCCCUUGCAAGCCUUUGUUCUUUGACCUGGCCCUCAACCAUGUGGCUUUCCCACCCCUUGAGGACAAGUUGGAACAGAAGACCAAGAGUGGCCUCACUGGAUACAUCAAGGGCAUCUUUGGAUUCAGGAGCUAACCAGGCUCUUCCUCAGGGGUGGGGGAGAUUCUGACUCUUAAUCUGUAUUGUGAGAAAAUCCCAGCAAGUUCCAUGAUAUUAAAUCCAGGUCUGCGUUGGCCCGGGGCAAGAGUUUAACAUCUUCGGCCCUGCAUUCCUACAUCUUGUGUUUGCACACAUUCUUAAGCAGUGUGUUAGGAGAGCACCCUGUCGUCUUCCGGUAAAUGUGUGCGGGGUCAUCCUGUCUCCUAGGCCUCCUGGGAGAGGGCCGCUGCUGUCUGGUGCCCUGUGAGCUGUGAUUGCCUUUGGUCAGUGAUGUGUUCAGGAGGCCACACCAGGCACAGAUGGGGCCUUGAAACGCUUUGUCAUGCUUCUUCAGUACCAUGGAUUUGAAAUGAACUCAUCCUUGCUGUGAGCAUCCAGGAUCCCUUGAAAAGUUUAUCUAUGACUAUGAAACUGGCAACGUCACCCCAGAAUUACGGUCAGCCUUAUUCCCCUUCACUUCCCAGUGAACGCUAAGAAGUUUCAGACAAGCAGAGAGCUCUAUUUUUAGAAGAAAUAUGUUACACUCAGAAAUGAUGAAACCAAAUCUUAUAUUAAAAGGCAAAGAUGAUGGAGA